AUGAACCUGUCAGAGUUUAACCAGUCAGAUCACUGUGUGCAUUUCUCCUGUCCAGAGAGAUCUGUAUCUCCUGCAGUUUAUAUCUUACUGUACGUAUGUUCAGCUGCUGUGGUUCUGCUAACAGUGUGUGGAAAUCUGCUCAUCAUCAUCUCUGUUUUUUUCUUCAAGCAGCUUCACACACCCACUAACAUGCUUGUGAUUUCUCUAGGAGUGUCGGAUUUCCUCAUUGGCGCUUUCGUGAUGUUGCCAACAUUUGUCUGGACAAUUGAGUCAUGUUGGAUAUUCGAUAGGAGUUACUGCAUCUGUUGGAUAAUUACUUCUUUUUUUCUCGGUAACCUGUCCAUCUAUAAUAUCGCUCUCAUUGCUGUAGAUCGGUAUUUGGCUCUCUCAAACCCAUUUUUCUACACAAACACAAUCACUAAAAGGACCAUGUGCAUUGUGGUUUAUCUUCACUGGUGUUUGUGUUUGGGUUAUGUCAUAGCAUUCUUUUGCACUAAUGAAAACCUCAUGAGUAUGGCUUUGUGUCCUGGACAGUGCUUUUACUAUUUUAAUGAAGUUUGGUCUGUAAUAGAUCUUAUACAUACAUUUAUAUUUCCACUUUCUGUCAUUAUUAUACUGUAUAGUCAGGUUUUUAUGAUUGCUAAGAAACAUGCCACUGCUAUCAGAGAGCUUAAUAAUCAUGCACGGUCUAAAACACAGAAAAUCACCUCACACUCGAUGAAAUCUGAGAGAAAAGCAGCUAAAGUCCUCGGCAUUUUGGUGUCUGUGUUUCUAAUUUGCUUGCUUCCUUAUUUUAUUUACAGUUUAUUAGGUGGUGUUAUUGAAGUAAAAUUUGAAACUUUUCAGAAAGUUUUGAUCAUACUUUAUCUUAAUUCCACAAUCAAUCCAAUAAUUUAUGCCCUGUUUUACCCCUGGUUCAGGAGGUGCAUUAAAUUAAUAAUUACUUUGAAAAUAUCCCAAAAAGGCUCAGCAUUAAUUAAUGUUAUUUCAUGA